AUGGCAACCACAACACCUAAUCAUCAACAAGGGGCAGUGGUGGUGAACCCUGGAGAAAGUGCCCAAAUCAGUCUUCGCAGUGACCUACCAGUAGCCACCCCAGGGCCAAAUGAGGUUCUCGUCAAAUUAACCUGUACCGGCUUAUGCCGGUCGGAGCUUCGCGCCGUCCAAGCUUGGGGUGCCUACAAUUCCAUUAUCGGUCACGAAGGAGUCGGCAUUGUGGUGAAAGCAGGUCCUGACGCCUCACAAUCUCUGCUCGGCCAACGAGUUGGUGUCAAAUGGUUGUACAGUGCAUGCAACGAAUGUUCCGUUUGCAAGCGCGGUUUCCCGCACAAUUGUGCCAAACAGCUUAAUACGAGCCGUCAUGUGCCCGGCACACUGCAGCAGUACGUGAUUGCGGAUGCGAGGUUCCUUACUCUCAUUCCGGAGGGCGUGGCCGAUGAGGUUGCGGCCCCCUUGCUAUGUGCUGGACUGACCAUGGUUGGAGCUUUGUCCAAGCUCGAGAAUGAGUUGAAGGAGGGGGACUUUAUUGUCAUCUCGGGAUCUGGUGGCGGCUUGGGCCAUAUUGGAGUGCAGAUUGCAGCUAGGAUGAAGAAGUUGCGAGUCAUUGCUGUUGACAGUGGUGAUGAGAAGAGGAAACUGAGUCUAGACUCUGGUGCAGAGGUGUUCUUUGACUUUAAGACCGAUGAUGUCGUGGCCCGGGUGAUGCAGUUGACUGGAGAGGGUGCACAUGCUACAAUCGUUGUCCCUGGAACGGAGGAUGCGUUGAAAAUGGCCCCAACUCUGGUGAGAAACAUGGGUUUUAUUGUCAAUGUUGGGCUGCCCCGAAAUGAUAUUUCAAUUCCACUUUCAGCUACAUUGUGCACAGCGAGAGGUCUUACCUUCAUGGGAUCUUCUGUGGGAACUGAGAAUCAAAUGACCAAUCUGCUCAAGGAAGCAGCAACAGGGAAUAUAAACCCAGCUAUUGAAGUUUUCGAGUUCUCGGCCGUGCCGACAUUGAUUGACAGACUAAGGGAGGAUGGAAUUACCGGAAGAGCAGUCGUGAGAUUGCCACAGUGA